CUCCCGCGCACAAACUCCACCCGCAAACACCAACGAUGGCUGACGACUCUGAGGCGACUGCUGUCAAGCUCAAGUCCAAGCAGGAGGAGAUCUUUGAGGUUGAGAAGGAGGUUGCCUGCCGCUCGGUGACCGUCAAGAACAUGGUCGAGGACACGGGCCUCGACACGCCGGUGCCGCUGCCGAUGGUCGACUCGAAGAUUCUCAUCAAGGUGAUUGAGUACUGCAAGUACCACCACCGCGCGGAGCAGGAGUCGCUGCCCGAGGACGAGAAGAACGUCUGGGACAAGGACUUUGUCAAGGUCGACGACGAGACGCUCUUCAACCUGAUCCUUGCAGCCAACUAUCUCGACAUCAAGUCGCUGCUCGACCUCACCUGCAAGACGGUGGCCGAUGAAAUCAAGGGCAAGACGCCCGAGGAGAUCCGCAUCCGCUUCAACAUCAAGAACGACUUCACACCCGAAGAGGAGGAGGAGGUCAAGCGUGAAAACGCUUGGUGCGAGGAGCGCUGAGGCCCUGAGCCCCCCCCCCCCCCUCCCCCGAGUCUACGUGCGCGCCGGCUGCGCCCUGUGCUGGCGUCUUGAGAGCGCGGAGCCGGCCGGUGCGCGGAUGGGGGGGGCAACAGCGGUUCGUCUGGUUCUGAGUUUCUACGUUUGUUCCGGGGAGCGGACGCGCUGCCCUGUCUCCGCCUGUGAGACUGUGGGGUUGUCAUGCCAGCGCGCGCGCCUCGGCUUUGGGAGUUGGCGAUACUCUAUUCGCGGAAAAGCAG